AUGACAAACCCAGUGCAGGUGGCAGAUUGCGCUGGUGAAAAAGAGACUGGACUUCAAUUUAGUGAACCUACUGAAUGUAAAACUACCUCUGAAGGAAUUGCCAUUUCCGAUCUUAGCAAGCGGCCCUAUUUGUCGGUAAGUGCAUUGCUCCCAAGCCCCACGGAGUGGCACGAACGUUGGCAUGUUCGAAAUCGAAAACGAUUUCGAAUUCUGCGCCUCUUAUGGUUCACUUUUGCCGCUGUUAAUCUGAGCCACCUAAUUAUCUUACUUGGGUCUCUCAUUUACAAUCUCUACGUGAACUGGUGGGUGGAGGUCCACAAACUUCCCAUGACAGACGAGCAUCAUGGCGACGGUCUUCUUUAUUAUGAAACCAGCUGUGUUGCCAUAUACCCUGAGCACACAGGUCAGGGAGACUGGUACCUAUUAGACUUCCUUCCCUAUGCUGCCUUACCAAAUAAAAGAGCUGUUUUUGCGAUGCCUGUACAGAUUACCACCUUUCAGGAGUGCUAUAAUGCAUUUUGGCUCGGUGUGCACCCGUCAAAACGCCAAUUUGUCAAUGGACAGUUGCGGUUUCUAGGCAAAAGGGCUGACUUGAGCUGCCUUCAGUUGGGUCGAAGCGAGGUUAAUGAGACGGCCACAGUUGCUAAUUGUCUAACAGUGAGUUUCCACUUCCGCGUGGGCAGUGCAACCAACUUUACCGGAUUAAAGCAAUGGGGAUCAAUCUCUGACCCAAAACCCAUAGUGGCCUACAUUGGAGGUCGGGGCCUGCUUUAUCAUCGACCGCAAAUCAUUCCUCUGAGCAUAGCGGAAGAGUUAGACGUGCUCUAUGUUGUGAUUCGGUAUCGUUUGGGAGUGUUUGGCUUUGGAGAUUUUGGAACCCCUAACUAUGGUCCGAAUCACGGUGUGGAGGAUGUGCGAAAGGCUUUGCAGUGGCUUUAUGAGAACGCUAGACUAUUUGGAGGCUCGCCAAACACUAUGACUGUCAUUGGCGAGGACUCCGGUGCAUCAAUCGCCCUGGCUGUGUCGGGAGACAGAUACAUUUCUGAAGGGAACACGAAUUCAACGCAAGUUUCGAUAAUAUUUAAAAUGCCAGAGAUUCCAUCAGAAAAACGUCCUUUUCACUCCCUUGUUCUGAGUGACAUCGAACUACUCGCAGCAUGUCGACGUUGGCAAAGCGAAAACGAGGGCUUGAGUAGUGGAGGCGGAAGUUCGACAUUAGCAAACAGGAUUAGGUGUCUGGAGGAGAGCGUAAGCGAGACAACCUGGUUGGAAAGGACCCCCGGAGUGUGGCUCCACGCCGAUGAAAGGAUGACCAUGUUGCCACACAAAGCAGAAGAGGAGGAACUGAUGGCCUCUCUCCUUUUAGCCGACCCUCAGGUCUCGCGAGUCGUCUCACCCCUUAAGUUGUUGACGACGCGAGACUUGCCCCUCGUGUGGCUAUCCUCCCUUUACCACCCAUACCCACCACCACCCAAAGCUCUCUCUCUCAAGGACUUUAAAAAUAUGAUAAAAAGCACCUUCUCCAAAUUUAGUUCAGUUAAUACCAGACGAAAAUAUGACGAGGAACUCCUCUCAGCUUACGGGCCGAUGCUAAAAGCAGCCCAGAAGAACACUUCAAAGACACCCUAUUCACAGAUUGUCAACGCGAUAAUAACCGACUUACGAGCAGUAUGUGGAGUGGAUCUCUAUCUACGUCGCCUUAUGCGAAUGUCAAUGAUCCAACAAAGUCCCAUCUAUCGAAUUUUGAGCGAAGCAGAGCCAACGACAUUGGAGGAGAAAACGGUGGGUCGACCUUACAGCAUGCCUCCCUUUCUGGUUGGGCAGCGACAGACAGAUCAACGGCCAGACUAUCCGUCGGAGUUCCUGCGCAGAGCAUUUGCCACCUUUUUGCAAAAGGGUAGAGUGGAGAGCAUGAAGGAGCUGCACUACCCGAGGAACAUCAACGACCCCGACCUGGAGACCACUUUCAACAUCCUAGGCCCGGUGGGACUCACUACCGCCAGUGCCCGUGUGAUAGCCCACUUUGCCGCCUGCAAAGCAUGGAUCAGCGAGAAGGAUGAAACCGAGUUUGCAAUCAAAUAUGGGCGCUUGAAUUGA